UUAAUCAACUCUCUAUUAUGUCGGCGAAUGCUCAGUUACGCCAUUUUUCGAACCCUCCGACAGACAACCUUGGAAGCAUUACGGCCGCCACACAACCUCCAGCAAGGCCCCCUCAGGACCCGAGCAAAAACUUAGAUGCCAUCGUCGCCAGCUAUUUAAAAAAAAAAGGAUAUUCAAGAGCCGCUGAAAGUCUAGCUCAAGAUGCACAUUUGGCGUUAGAUAAGUUGAUUACUCAAGCACAUAUUUUUAGCGAUUUGAACAUUGCAAACUAUAUUUUGUUAUAUAAUACAAACGAAAAAUUCCCCGAUGCAUAUGUGAAUAGUUACGAUGAUUUGAGGGAAUGGAUAGCGACCUCUCUAGAUCAGUUUAAGCCAGAGCUCGCAAACUUGUUGUAUCCGCUUUUCGUCCAUUGUUACUUGGGCCUCAUAGAGAGGGGAUACACGAUAGCAGCGAACAAGUUUUUGAAUAAGUACAUCAAAGAAUACGAGCGCGACAAUGCGGAGGAGCUGUAUCAGAUUGCUUCCAUCCAGUCGGUGGAUCACUUGGUGCACAACGAAUUGGUUUCGUUGUGGCGUCAAAACAAAUACGUGGUGAAGAUGUGCGCGUUCAGCUUCGAGCUUUUGAUGUCGUUUUUGCAGGAUCGCAAUUAUAUGAUGUUGAUAGUGUUGAUCAACGAGCACAUAAGCAUUCAGACGUUUUCGGGGUACCCGCAGGCGCCGGAGGCCAUUGAGCGCUCGAGCGCGUACGUGAUUCAGGAGCCGGUCCCCGACCCCAACGUGAAGAUAUACUGGGGGAUGACUAGCGAGCAGAGAAAGUUGUACGAGAAGACUGAGGAGCCGCAGCAGGCGGAGCAGACCGGCGAGGCGAGCGAGGAGGAGGCGUCGACUGGUCCGAUGGCUAAGAAGUACAAGAGGAGUGGGAGCGAGGUGAUGGAGAAAAAGAGGGCGUACGACGGCUCGCGUCGGAUGAGAGAGUUGGAGGAGGCAGAGAAGCCGAAGCUGAAUGUACCACUGCCGACGUUUUCUAAGGAAAUUAAGGCGGAAAUCAUGAACGAUUUGCGAGUGAGGGAUUCCUUGAGUGCUAGCCAUUUGCCGAGCAUUUGUUUCUAUACUAUUUUCAACACGUAUGAACAGAUGACGUGUAGCCAGGUGUCGUCCGACUCGUGCCUGGUGGCUACUGGGUAUGGAGACUCGUCGAUCAAGGUUUGGGACUUGAUGCGCGACAAGUCUAGCAAAUGGGCCUUGGCGGAGGAGAAGUUCCGACAGUUGGACGGGCGAGACCCUAUGUAUCGCGUCAAACCUCGAACGGAGUACACGGAGCUAAUAGGACAUUCUCAGAGUGUUUUUAGCUUAGACUUCGCGCCGGACAGCAGUCACUUGCUGUCUGGUUCGGCAGACGGGACUUGUCGGCUUUGGUCCAUGAAGACGAAGACGAGUAUUGCCUGUUACCGCGGGCACACUCAUCCCGUUUGGCAAGCCAAAUUUGCGCCCAUCGGAUACUACUUCGCGACAGCGUCUCACGACCGAACGGCGCGCCUUUGGAGCACGAGCUCUCUUCACCCCUUGCGCAUUUUCGCCGGUCAUAUCAGCGACGUCAACACCGUCUCUUUUCACCCUAAUUGCAACUACCUGCUAUCCGGUUCUAACGACAAGUCUCUCCGACUGUGGGACGUGAACACCGGGAACUGCCUACGCGUGUUUUUGCACCACCUGGGCGCCAUCUACGCCUCCGUCGUCGCGAACGACGGGCGACUCGCCGUGUCCGCGGGAGACGAUGGGAACAUCAUCAUCUGGGACCUGGCCUCCGGCAAGUACGCCGCCGUGCUCAAAGGGCACGAAAAGUCCGUCUGGAGCGUGGACACCAGCAUGGACGCCAACAUUCUGGCCUCGGGCGGAGCCGACGAAACCGUUCGCCUUUGGGACUUCCGAAUGAUUUCAGAUUUUGACUACAAACUUGAAAUUCCGGUUCCAAGCCAAUCCGUUUUGCUGUCUUCUGGAGCUCUCGAGGCCAACCAAAUUAACCGCGCCGCGCUGGGCGUCUACCCGACUAAGUCAACGCCCGUUCACAACGUCAUGUUCACGCGGAGGAACCUACUUUUGGCGUCUGGGCCCUUCACCAGGCGGCCCACUUUGGACAGUGAAUAAACGCACUUCCUUCCUGCCUCCCCCAACGCCAUGAUGCAUCUCGCGGUCACACCACCUUCUGCGCGCGCACGCGCACGUACGACUAAGAGCGCUUCGGCCGACCUUCUAGUUUUUUGACACAAGACCGUUUUUUCGAUUAUAGCUACGUUUUUAUUGCUUUCAGAACUGGACGUUCUUUAGAUCCGUAAUCAAUGGUCGCAGCUGUUCCUCGCCCAACGAAUCCUCGAGCACCGCCAGCGCAUUCAACGCCCUCUCCUGGAAGGUCUUGUUGUGUAUACUCGACAAAUUCGCAACCAUGUACGGUACGAUCUUUGCCGCGGUCAUCUUCAGCACGGUGUCCUCGUCGUAGAUGAUUGGAUCUUGAAUAAAGGUAAGGAGAAGGAGAAAAAUUUCCUCAACCAA